UUUUUAAGGCAUACUUUUUUUUUUUUUAAGGCAUUUGCUCAUGUAUCAAAAUUGCUGUCACAGUGUAAAUUUGAUCUUUUGGAAGAACUUGUAGCCAAAGAGGUGCUGCAUCUAUUGAAAGAAAAGGUUACUUCACUGUCUGACAACCAUAAAGAUGCCCUUGCUGCUGACAUAGAUGAAAUUGUGUACACAUCAACAGGUGACAUCUCCAUUUAUUAUGAUGAGAAAGGAAGGAAGUUUGUUAACAUCCUGAUGUGCUUUUGGUAUCUAACCAGUGCCAAUAUCCCCAGUGAAGCUGUAACUGGCGCCAGUGUAUUCCAGGUUAAGUUGGGAGAUCAGAAUGUAGAAACGAAACAACUUCUUAGUGCAAGUUAUGAAUUUCACAGGGAGUUUACACAAGGAGUAAUGCCCGAUUGGACCAUUUCACGGAUUGAACACUCAAAAUUAUUAGAAUAAUCUUUCUUGGAAAAAGUCAGCUUAUAGACUUAUAGCAAUUGCUGUGAAAACUAAGGAAGAAAAUCUUUUGAGAUCAUUUGAUCUUCACUUAAGUCUGUGGAUUACUUUUUGUAUUAUUUUUCAAUACUCUUUAUAGUAUAUUGGCAUGAUACAAUAAAGCAUUUUCCACUGA